UUUUGUUAAAAUUAUCAUUAUUUAGUAAUUAUACAUGCAAAUAAUCACAGAUGAUUAAUUAAUAAGGUUGGGAUAAUUGGGGGACACGUGGUAUAAUUGAUAAUAUGUGUAUUGGUUCAUUUCUUACAUUAAUCUAAAUUUAUACGUAUUCUAGAAAUAAGAGUUGGGGAAUUUUAAAAGUGAAAUGGUUUAGUUCUCUAUAACGAUUAUAGCUCAGGUUACAUGCAGCUAGUUCAUCCUCUCAAAUUUUUGCAUUAAUACGAUAAUGGAUUUUUUUUUUUUUUUUAAAUGUUAUUAAUUGCAUCUUAAAAUCUAAAACUUAUAUUGCGUGGAUUCGUUAGACAGUUUUAAAGCCAUAUGAGCUCACAAUUAAGAAAUAUCUACAGAUUACGAAUUUAUGCCUAAUGCUGAUACAGGUAUCAAAAUUGUUGGUACAAUUGUACAUUGUAACAAUCUCUGGUGAAAAUAAUACAUGUCAUGAUCCGACUAAUAACUAGGUUUGUAGGUCAAAUUUUAAUAGUUUUUUUUUUUUUUUUUUUUGGUUCUUUCGGUCCUAUUGAUUCAAGGUCAAUAUUGUCACCAUUGGUCAGUUUUAAUCAAUGGUCAAUACUUAUAUGUAUAUGUAAGGCCUGUUUUCAGGUCAGCUCCAGUUUCUGCAGGUCAUUACACUAAACUGUUUAGUGACCGUUUCUGCAUUAUAAAAAUAUUCUACUUCAGAAUCUAUAGAAUUUCAUUUUUAAUAAAAAUCAUGGUGUUCAAAUAAAGAAGGUGAGUAUGAGAAUUCGAUCUACGUACACAGUAAUUGAACCUUAAUGCGCCACUAUUUAAUCAAACGUUUAAAGGGGUUUUUACCCGCUCUAUAAAUAUACACCGUUGCAAAACCAACCAUGAAUCGAUAUACACUAUAUACACUGCGAGGUCAGGAACGUGAAGAGAGGUUGAAAAACUAGUACACGGGUAGCUUCGGUAUUGCGAAGGCGAGUCGACAUUGUUGCAGAUCUCGUUUAUACAGUCGGAUGAUAUGGCCGUAGCUGCGUUCUGUGAGAUUAUAAACUGUUAAAAAUAGAUAAAUACCGAGUGGAUUUUAAGCUUGCAUACGUGAAAUGGAAAUGUCUGAGAAAAACUUCAAUAAUACAGUUUUACCUAUGGAUGCGGACGAAGGUAUUGAAACCAAGAGGAAUUCAGAGUUACCUCCCAUGGAUAACGGAACACCACAUACAGAUAUAAAAAACUCUACCCUUCCACCCAUAGAGAAGAAAGAUAUGGCAAAUGGAAAUGUUUCCGAGGAAGAUGAGAGUAAGAAAGAUGGAGAGAAAGAAGAAAAGAAGGAAGAGCAGAAAAUGGUUGGAUCUCUAGAAAUUUUUAAGUAUGGGACAUGUUUUGAUUAUUUCCUGAUGAUCUUGGGGUCGUUCUGCGCUGUCUGUCACGGGGCUGCCCUGCCCAGUAUGAUCAUUGUGUUUGGAGACAUGACCGACACCUUUGUAAACUCUGGAAUCUAUUACAGCUGGCUCCAAAGUAUAUCUGCCUAUUUAUCAUCCGUUGGAAUCUCUAUCACGGAUGCUGUAGCUAAUCCGUCCAUUCUCAGUUCUCACAAAACUGCUCUGCAAGCCUCGCCGUACAAUGUGACGGACUUCAGUUCCCUGGACAAGGCUAUUUCUGAAGAUCUGCUGGACACAAUGACCAUCUUUGUUUGGUAUUAUUUAGGGAUCGGGGGAGGUGUCCUUAUUUUUGGGUAUGGGCAGGUAGCCUGUUGGGUGACAGCGGCCGAGAGACAGUCCCACAGGAUCAGGGUGUCAUUUUUCCGAAAUAUCAUGAGACAGGAGAUUAGCUGGUUUGAUACGCAUGACUCCGGCGAACUCAACACAAGACUGUCUGGUGACGUGAAUAAGAUUCAGACCGGGAUCGGAGACAAGAUGGGUAUUUUCUUCCAGUGGACCUCCUCGUUUCUCACGGGGGUGAUUAUCGGAUUCGUGUAUGGCUGGAAGCUGACACUGGUUAUACUGGCUUUCAGUCCUCUCAUCGUGAUAGCAGCUCUCAUCCAAGACAAGCUGAUUACCGCUGCGUCUUCAAAGGGUCUGGAUGCCUAUGCCAAAGCUGGGUCUGUGGCAGAUGAGGUUAUAGGGGCCGUGAGGACGGUAGUCGCCUUUGGGGGACAAGAUAAAGAAUGUGAAAGAUAUAACGAACACUUGAGUGAUGCCAAAGCCACUGGAAUCAGAAAGGGCCUGACGGUGGGGUUUUCUAUGGGGCUGAUUUAUUUCAUCAUUUUCUCUGUGUACGGGUUCGGAUUCUGGUAUGGUGCCAAGCUAGUGAGGGAGGAUUCCGAUUACACUCCGGGAAAUGUCCUUAUUGUAUUCUUCAGCAUUAUGAUCGCAGCAUUUUCACUGGGGUAUGCAACACCUCCACUGGGGAAGUUCUCAGAAGCCAGAGGAGCAGCAUUCACAGUAUACCAGCUCAUCCAACAGGUUCCCGACAUUGAUAUUGAAAGCGAUGAAGGGUUAAAGCCAAAUGAAGUCGUAGGGAAUGUGGAAUUACGGAAUGUUAAGUUCCGAUACCCAGCGAGACCAGAAGUACAGGUAUUGAAAGGUGUUUCAUUGGAAAUUAGCCGAGGAGAGACCGUGGCCCUGGUAGGGUCCAGUGGAUGUGGCAAAAGUACUAUAAUCCAGCUCCUACAGAGGUUCUACGACCCAGAGGAAGGGGAGAUCUGCUUGGAUGGUAACGGAUUAAAGUCUCUGAAUUUAAAAUGGCUUAGAACACAUAUUGGAAUUGUAAGCCAGGAACCCAUAUUAUUUGCCACAACAAUCGCAGAGAACAUUCGGUAUGGGAGAGAGGGAGUGACAGACCAAGAAAUAGAGGCUGCCUGCAGAAUGGCAAACGCGCACGACUUCAUCUUAAAUUUUCCUGAUAAAUACGAGACCUUGGUGGGAGAGCGCGGGGCCCAAAUGAGUGGAGGUCAGAAACAGAGGAUUGCCAUUGCCCGGGCCCUGGUCAGGGACCCCAAGAUCCUCCUGCUGGACGAGGCUACAUCAGCACUGGACACUGAGAGCGAGUCUGUAGUACAGGAGGCUCUAGACAAGGCUCGUUCAGGUAGAACUACGAUAGUGGUUGCACAUCGUCUGUCCACCAUUAAAACUGCUGACAAGAUUGCCGGAUUCCAAGAGGGGAACGUAGUGGAGAAGGGCACACACGAUCAGCUGAUGUCUAAGGGUGGAGUAUACGCCACGCUGGUCAAUAUGCAGACAAAACACCAAGCUGUUGAUGAGGAAGAGGAGGAAUUGAUCGCAGAAUUUACUGGGGACACGAAGCCAGAAAAAGGUGCCCAUCAUCUACAGCGACAAAACACCGUGCACCAUCUACCAGUGGACAAGGAAGUCGAUGAAAAGGACAAAGAUAAAAAAGACAAGAAAAAGGAAGAGGAGGAUGAAGCGGGCUUGGGGCGGAUCCUGAAGAUGAAUGCCCCUGAGUGGCCAUACAUCCUCCUGGGCAGUCUGGGAGCCAUAGUCAAUGGAGGAGUUCAGCCAGCAUUUGCCAUUAUCUUUGCAGAAAUUCUAGGGACUUUCGCAUUGAGUGAUACUAAUGACCAAGCAGACAAAGUUUUGAUGUGGACUCUGCUACUCGUUGGGGUGGGGUUCUGCAGUUUCUGCACCUUUCUUCUCCAGGGGGCCAGCUUCAGCAUAUCAGGGGAGAAUUUAACCAUGCGAUUACGACAAAACUCUUUCCGCGCAUUAUUGAGACAAGAUAUGGAGUAUUUUGACGAUCCUAAGAACACUACAGGGGCCUUAACUACCAGGCUAGCUACAGAGGCAGCAGAAGUCCAAGGGGCAUCAGGAGCUCAACUUGGAUCGAUGUUCCAGAACCUGGCCAAUAUAGGGACUGGGGUUAUCAUUGGUUUUGUGUAUGGCUGGCAGCUGACGCUAGUCAUCCUUGCGUUUAUCCCAAUCAUUGGAAUCGCUGGAGUCUUGCAGAUGAAAUUAUUGGAGGGAGUCACUGGUCAGAAUAAGGAGGCACUGGAAGAAGCAGGCAAAACUGCCACGGAGGCCAUCGAGAACAUCCGUACAGUGGCCAGUCUUUGUCAGGAGGAAACGAUGGUGAAUUUGUACAAAGCCCAAUUAGCUACGCCAUAUAAAACGGCACUCAGGAAGUCCCACUUUACAGGAAUCGCCUUCGCGGCGUCCACGGCAGUCAUGUUCUUUGCGUAUGCCACUGCUUUCUAUUUUGGGGCGUACAUGAUAGAAAAAAAUGAAAUGACCUUUACUGAUGUGUUCAAAGUGUUCAGUGCUAUUGUGUUUGGAGCCAUGGCUAUGGGGGAGGCAAGUGCUUUUGCACCUGAUGCUGGUAAAGCCAAGAAAUCCGCCUCGUUGAUAUUCAAGCUGUUAGACAGAGAGCCAAAGAUUGAUCCUUACUCCAAGGAGGGCGCCACACCUGAUGAUUUUACCAGUGCUGUUACCUUUAAAGACAUUCACUUCCGUUACCCAAAUCGCCCCGAUGUAGAAGUACUGCAGGGUCUGAAUUUAGAAGUGACCCCUGGAGAGACUUUGGCUUUAGUGGGAGCCUCUGGGUGUGGCAAGAGUACAACAAUGCAGUUGAUAGAGAGGUUCUACGACCCCGAGUCUGGGGAUGUGCUAUUAGAUAAACACUGUCUGAAAGAUCUGAAUGUUCAGUGGCUGCGUCGACAGAUCGGAAUCGUGUCUCAGGAACCGGUACUCUUUGACUGUAGUAUAGCAGAAAAUAUUGCAUAUGGGGACAACUUCCGAGAGGUUCCAAUGGCAGAGAUCAUCGAGGCUGCUAGAAAAGCCAAUAUACAUGAGUUUAUCCAGGCACUGCCCAAUGGUUAUGACACGAUGUGUGGAGACAAGGGGACACAACUCUCUGGUGGACAGAAACAGCGUGUGGCUAUCGCACGUGGACUGGUCAGAAAUCCCAAGAUUCUCCUGCUGGACGAGGCCACUUCUGCCCUCGACACAGAGAGUGAAAAGAUUGUCCAGGAGGCCCUUGACAAAGCUCGAGAGGGCAGAACAUGCAUUGUCAUCGCUCACCGAUUGUCCACGAUUCAGAACGCCAACAAAAUUUGUGUCGUCAAACACGGACAGGUGGCUGAACAAGGUCGUCAUGGAGACUUAAUUCGACUUAACAUACAUCAUUCGCCGAAACAGAAAUCUAACCCAGGAUUCAUCUUUGGGGGGUAUUAUCCCCAGAGUCCGCACAGUCACGGGGAGAAUGACAACGUAGCAGGGCCCAGCAGGAUCAUCGAAUGGGCGGAUGAACACUUCAGUACCCACUCAGAAGAACUCUCAGACAUUGCCCGCGCUCUGGAAAAGAAAGUGCGAGUUCUGUGUUGGGUGAUGACAAAUCCGUCUAACCACGAGAGCAAAGCUCGACAUGUCAAAGCAACAUGGGGCAAACGCUGCAACAAGCUGCUGUUUAUGAGUUCCUCUGCUGAUGCCUCUUUGCCGUCCAUUGCACUGCAAGUGAAUGAGGGCCGGAAUAAUCUGUGGGCCAAGACUAAAGCCGCCUUUAAAUAUGUGUACCAAAACCAUUUUAAUGAUGCAGAUUGGUUUAUGAAAGCUGAUGAUGACACCUAUGUCGUAGUGGAAAACCUCAGGUAUUUCCUAGCAUCCAGAAAUGCCAAUGAUUCUAUGUAUUAUGGUCGUCGGUUUAAACCCUAUGUCCCUCAGGGUUACAUGUCGGGGGGAGCAGGAUAUGUUCUCAGCAAGUCUGCACUGAGGAAGUUUGUGGAGAAAGGAGUGGAUGAUCCAAAAUUUUGUCGGGCGGAUGCAGGAGGAGCGGAGGAUCUGGAGUUUGGAAAAUGUAUGCAGCGAGUGGGAGUCACUGCAGGUGACAGCCUGGACAAACUUGGACGAGAGAGGUUCAUGCCAUUUGUACCGGAACACCACUUGAUUCCGGGAAUUCUUCCUAAGGAUAUGUGGUACUUUUCUUACAACUUCCACCCAGUCAAACAGGGUCCUGAGUGCUGCAGUGACUAUGCCAUCACAUUUCAUUAUGUCAACCCCAACAUGAUGUAUGUUCUGGAGUAUUUGAUAUACCAUCUUAAACCGUAUGGCAUCAACACCCUCACAAAAAUAGAGAUGGAUUCAGAAGCAAAGAAAAUCUCAAGAGACAGUAAUCAGGAGAAAACUAUGACCAAAGUGACGGUAAAGUCAACACCGAAACUGACUUCUGUCGUGAAAUCCACAACAGCGAAAGCCAAAUCUCUGUCAACCAUGACAAGGAAGCCUUCGACAACAGCAAAGCCGAAAAACUCUGCCCAGAAUGUCUCCACUCCUACCCCACUUCCUGUAGACAAGGCAAGCCCAAAAAAGACAGUAGCUCCAAAACUAGACAUACCCAAGCCCGGGGGCAAGGUUGACAAACCCCAGCGGUAGUGUCAGUGUUUAAGGCUGACAAACCCCAGCGGUAGUGUCAGUGUUUGUGAGGAAAGUGAUGAUGUUAAUGAUUGUGUGUUUGUAGAUUGUGUGUGGACGAAUGUAAUUGUCUGACUGAAAUAUUUCCUUAGUGGGAUUAAUGCUUUGUUAAUGUGUUUGGUAUUUGACAAUUGAAUGGUAGGAGAAUGGGGUAGUGAUUUUUAUUUCGUUGGCUGCCAAUGAUAGCUGUUGACAAUUGUAAAAAAGUUUUGAUAUACAUAUCAAUCUGUGCUAUUGAAUUAAGUGCUGAUACAGAUAUAUUUUAAGUAUUAUUAGAAGGAAAAUGCUGAAGUAACUGUAUGGUGUGAAUGGAAUUAAGUGGCUGUCCAUUGAAAAUUCAGGCACUGCCUCUAGAACAGGUAGCUAUGUCAAAUACUACUAAAUAUUUUCUUACUGAGUAUCAGUUUUGUAAUAGUCAUGAAUUUACCAGCCAUUGAUUGUGAUACAGGGAAGAGUAACCUCAUUGUAUGUGUCAAUACAGUGAAAAGAGAGUUAUCUGCCCACUGAUAUUGGCUUAUAUAGUGGCAGGAGCUAUCUGCCCUUGGUGUAUAUAGCAAAAGGAGUUAUCUGCUUUUUGUAAUGGUUUAUAUGAGUGACAAGAGUUAUCUGCCCUUCAUAAUGGUUUAUAUUUUGACCAGAGUUAUCUGCCCUUUAUAAUGGCUUAUAUAGUGGCAAGAGUUAUCUGUUCCUUGACAAUGGUGUAUGUCUCAGGCUUUUCUUGCAACGGUAACCUCCAUUUUUAUAUGAAGUCAAAUUACGACAAAAAAUCAUUUAAUGUUGUCCCCCCCCAAUAAAUAGUUUGCUUGAAACGAUGAGAUUUCCCUAGAGCAAGUCUAAAACAUGUUAAUAAUCGCUAAUUUAGUGUUCUGUUUUACGCAGUGGUUGGAAGGGUCCAUUUUGUACAAAUUUUGUGCUUCCGGAGAACGUGAUACAUUAGAGGGAUCUUUCCCAGAACUUGCCAGAAAGACCUGGGAAGUUGUGAUUGGUGUAUGUAUCGUGACAGGAGUUAUCUGCCCUUUAUAAUGGGUUAUAUCGUGACUUUCUUGGGACACAUCUGUAGACUAGAGUUGAAAAAAUCAAUUUUGUAUUUCAAAUAUUUAUUUAAAAUUAACCAAAAAUAAGAAAGAAAAAAAAAUCUGCCAAUCCCAGAAAUUUAACACAUCAAACUCUUGCUGCCUGAUUUUUCCAAGGACAGCCUCUUAAAAAUAUUAUUUAGAAAAACAAACAUUUUGACAAUGUACAGAGUUUUAAUGCAUGUGUAAUCUGGGCUGUUGAAGAGGAGAGUAUUAUUUUUGGUGGCAAUUUGUAAUUGUGGGUGAAUUAAAUGAUGAAGUGUGCAUCUUGUACAAGAAGAUACAGUGAACCUCCCCAAUACUGCUCACUCUGAAAACCGAACCCCCUCUAAACGGGAAACAGCUAGUCUUUAUUGAAGAGUUUUAUUGUACAGAGUUAUUCCCCUUAUAUUGAUAUACUUGUAGUAUUGAAACACUAAAGUUUAGAUAGACUAUCAUGUCCUGUACAUUAUGAAAUAUUUCUCACAGUAUUAUUGAUAUACAGUAUCAACAUUAUGCAGGAAAGUUAAGGUCAUAAGAAUUGGUAGGAUUCAUGAUGCCAUUGAUGGAAUUUGAAUGAUAUAGUGACUUGUUAUUUGAAUGCGUGCAGAUAGGUAUCCUCCUUUAAUAUGAAUAUUAACAAUGAUAGCUGGUCACAAUGAACAGGUGCUGACUUCAUUUUCAUUAUAUAAAGAUGGUGUGGGAUUACUAUGUUGGUUAUAAAAGAUUUCUGCUGUUUUCUGUUGAAUAGUGUUUUCUGACUUUUGUCUUUUUUUGUAUAUGAUACAUGUGUCUUUUUUGGUAGUUUUUAGUAUCCUUUAUAAUUUAGUCAACCCUUGUGAAUGUCACAAAUAAUAAUUGCUACCAAAGUUUUUGUGUCACAUACAUGUACAUGUGUACUGUUUUUAUACACCUGUCUUUAGACGGGACAUUAUGGUACAGCAAUAUCUGUGCGUCUGUCUGUCCUUGGUUUUCUGUUUCUAAUAUCAUUUCUCUGUCACAUAUCAAGCUCAAACUUGUUAUGUAGCUACUUUGUGGAUCACUCUAGAUCAUGCUGCAAUUUUGAUCCAUUUCGACCUCUCUUGCAGGAGUUUUGCCCCUUUAUUUGAAAAUUAUUGUUAUAUGGAGGGUACAUUUUUUAAGUGAAGACCAUCCUGUUGUGCAGGAUGUUUGUAUGGAUAUUGAAGAUGUGCAUGUGACAAGGAUUUUGAUUUUCUUCAAUAUUUGAGAAAAUUACAGGUUGUUGAACUUAGUCCUUCUUGAGGAAAUAUUACAAAGAGGGUACAUAAUUUUGUCCGGUUAACUUCUCCCACAAUCUUCAAGUGAGGACCUUCUUAUUUUACAGAGUAUUUGUAUGGGUAUGGAAGAUGUGCAUGUGGCAAGAAUUUUGAUUUUCUUCAACUUUGAAGAAAAUCACAGGUUGUUGAGCUUUGUCCAUUUUGAGGAAAUAUCAUAUUAAAUAAAAACGUGGUCUAUCCUUAUAACUCCUUUCACAAUUAGAAGCUAGAGUAUUUGUAAAUAAUUUGGAGAUGUGCAUAGUGCAAGGAUUUUAAUUCUCAACAAUUCUUAAUUUUCUUUAACAUUUUCAAUAUUUACUAGUUGUUGAACUUGGUUGAAUUUUGGGGAAACAUUUUAAACAUAAAACUCUUGGUUUUUCUACCUACCUCCUGUCACAGUUUUAAGCUAAGACCCAUUAUUCAUAUUAUUAUACAAAGAUAUUAUGUCACAGCAUGCUGAUGGCUGAUACUACGGUCUACCUGAAGCAAAGUUCUAAAAAUCAUGGCUUAAGAAAAACACACUAUGUAAGCAUUUCCAUGGGUAUAUUAUGUACUGUUUGUGGUACUCUUGUUAAUUUAUGAAAUCUGAAUAUUUUUACACCAUCAGUGAACAAUAUUCACACAAUACCAAUAAUAGGGUUAUUUUUCUGAAAAUCUUUAGCCUAGUCUAUUUAAUUUAAACAAUUUAUGGAACUAAAUUCCUGUAGGAUAUUUAUUAAGUCUCUUAGGAAUAAGUCAAGAUUUGCUAACAAAUAAAUCUAUAACAUGUUUAUUACGCAUCAAAUUCAAAAUAUACAGUGUAAAUUUAAAAUUAUGUGCUCAACACAGAUAAUAUACCUUAUGUACUCGGCUUUAAGUCGGAUUUUUGGGAGUUAAAAUUUGCUCCAAAACUCUACAUCUGACUUGAAGGCUUAUUCUAAGAAGAUCAGUAUUUUUCUGGACGACAUAAUGCAUAGUAUUAUUUAAACAACUCCGUACUCUGACGAUUAUCAUAUGAUUAACGUGGACUGGACAUAUUAUUUAUUUAUUAUAAGAUUAUGCAUGAAGUACAAAUAUUUUCAUAUUUUAAUGAUUUUAUUUAUCUUAAGUGUAUAUUAUGGAAAUUGAUUUGUUAAGAAAAUGAAUAUUGGCUCAUUUGGGUGAAAACAUUUAGAGCAUUGAUUUGAAAUUGUCAACCGAUUCUUGCAAAACGUUAUAACGACUUAUAAGCGGGUCAAUGGCAAAUCCCUCCAAAAUUACCUAAAAGAUAUACAUUUUAACUGACUAAUAGGCAAACCGACAUAUAGGCAAGUACAUGUAUAUAUGGUAUCGCUGAUUUACAGCAGUUCUAAAUGUGUAUCAAUCUCUGGGAGUUCUGUAGUCAGGCAAUCUCAACUUUUGUUAGUCAUUCAGUAUAAAAACAAUUGUCUGAAGUUGAACUUACCUGGACUUUUUGGUAACCUUUAGGCCUGAUGCCACUUUUGCCAUAAAUUCAGGGAUGGAUCCAGGAAUUCUUUAAGGAGAGUGGGUUCUACUAUUAAGUUUGGUUUUCAAAGGGGGCCGGUUCCACCCUCAAAAUGCUUUAUUUUUUACCUUUUUUAAAGCAGAAGUUUCUAGCGAAAGGGGGUUCCAGACCCCCCACCCCCCACGCUAUGGAUCCACCACUAGUUAAAGUCAAUUCCCUUAUAGGUAUAAUUUUACUUAUCACCUAAACAGGUUUGUUGAUGAAUUCACUUUUCAUCUAUUCAAAGGAAUGUGAAAUUAUAUGCAUUUUAUGAUAUUCACAUGAUGAUAGUAAUCUAAAUUUUGAACCUAAUGAAAUCAUGACAAUCAAAUUGGGUUUUUUUUCAGCUGACCCCAUGUUUUGAUUGCCUUUAAUUUAUGAAAUCUUCGUUGAUUUUAAUUUUUCAUGAAAAGACACAAUAUCUCUUUGAAUUCCUUUAUCAAUGCAUGGCCAGAAACCCAGUCAGUCUGACAGAAGGGAGAAACCAUUUAGUUCAUGUCCAUUAUGUAUCUCCAGUGAGGGCAAACUGGGAAAUUACUUUGUACGAAGACUGACCAUGGCUUUCUGUCUGUGUAACAUAAGCUUACAUGUAGCUUAUCAAUGUAGUUUCCCCUUCAUUAAGUAUUUGAAUAGUAACAUAGAUUAAUGGCUUCUCCUUUUGUUUAUCUCCCAGUUCCUCAUUGAACUGUGUUUUGAUGAAUGCAUAGCUUGGCUUCUAAUUACAGUAAAUAUAGCAUCGUGACUUUACUUUUCCCUGUGUGAAUUCUUCCGUCCCCCUUUCGUUAUUAUUUGGACAGAAGUUUGAUUGACUUCUGAGUAGUAUUUUGAUGUAAAUUUACAAUAUAGAUUGGCUUUUCAGUAGCAUAUGGAUAGAAGCAUAGAUUCACUUUCUUAGUUCCCUCUUUUAUUAGUACUGUAUUUGGAUAGAAGCAUAGUAUGGCUUCUCCCUUUGUGAAUUUAUCAGUGCCCCUUUUUAUUACAUGUAGGUCCCUACCUUUAAGAGAUCAGCCUGUGUAUCUGCAACUAAUGAAAAGAGCACACAGGAACUUUAAUAUAUAUCAAUGUUUUGCAAAUUAAGUUGAGUUUGUGUUUUGUUGACCUACUUUUGAAAUACUUGUGGACCUUCAAGUUAGCAAAUUUUAGGGAUUUAACAGUUUUCUGGCUAUCCCUGCAGCUAUUGAAAAUUUAUGCAUGAACAUAUAACUUUGGGUUACAGAUCAAUUUAAAUUUGUUGACUUACUAUAUAUUUUAAAGAGAUAUGGACCUUGAAACUAGCAGAUAAUGCUACAAAGCUUGGCCUUUAUGCGAUACUUGCCAUGACAAUGAGAUUUAGUUAGGUAUUUGGAUGGAAAUGUAGGUCUCUAAUUUCCCAGUUCCCUCAUUUAUUAAUAUUUGGAUAGAACCAUAGUUUGGUUUCUCUCAGUUUUCUCUUUUAUUUAAUAUUCACAUGGAGUCAGGACUGCAUAACUAGGCCACUCCCAUUAUGAUUUCUCAGCGAUAAGAUUGCUUAUUGUGGCAUUCUGCAAGGUGUCCCAUUUAUUGGUAUGUAAUUAUGUAUUAAAGAAUCUAUAAAAAUGUCUUUCAUAGGAAGAAAAUGUCAGAAUUAUAUACUUGUAUUAAGAUAGACUAUGUUUAUUAUAUUUAUUUUAUGUAUAUUACAAUUCAGUUGAAUUUAUAUAUAUUAUAUGUGACAUGUUAUCACAUUUUCUCAUUUGUAAUGACUAUGUAUUUAGAAAUUUCUGUCUGACAAAAGAAUUCAUAAACCAAAUAGAAAUGUAUGUGUGGGUAUAGUUCAAAGUUCUGUAAAAAAAAAAAAAAAAUUAAUUUCAGUAUGUUGUCAUAAUUAUGAUAAAGAUAUUAAUUAAUCAAAAAAUUAUAAUUACCAAUUAUUUCACAAUGAAGUUCUGAAUGAAACUAAAUUACUUUUAGUGAC